AUGCGCGCACUUUCCCCGUGUAUCUCAGCAGAAACCCUCCGGUCAGAGUUUACUUUGCUCGUAGCUGGCUGUCGGGGAGGCAAAACGUCCUUUCUCCGCCUACUACUCGACACCAGCGACAUUUCUCCCAAUGUCGCCAAAGACCAGCUUGCCUCCGUCGCCAAAUUCGUUCAAGGCUGCAGUGGACAUACGUCCAACAUCAGAACUGCAUCAAUUGAUAUCAACCUUGAUGUUGAAGGGAAUGGCGGCAGGCAGUGCUUGGGUCUAACACUCAUCGACACUCCUUCGCUCGACUUCCAAGACGAGGCCACUUCUGAGCGGUUGUUGGCUGAAAACAUUCGUCUUAUUGACAACCGUUUCACAGAAGGUCUUGAGGAUGAGUGGAAAGCCCACAGCGGUGACCGCUACGUUCACCUUUGCAUAUACUUUUUGGAUCCCGACUUGAUUGUGCCACCCCCAGUUCCAGGGCCCCCCGCGCCACCCUUUCUCAGGGCUCGGACCAAUAGCUUUUCUCAACCAGAGCAAGAACCCGUUAUCCUUGAGCCGCCAGUAACCACGAAUCCCCUUCUGUAUCGGCCGACACUACCUGCUGCCGACAUCGCGGCGAUACGUCGCUUGUCCGGGCGAGUAAAUGUACUCCCUGUAAUAGCCAGAGCCGACAUUCUUUCGAAUGACCGUCUGGCUGCCGUAAAGGUUGCUAUCAGACGGGAUUUGGCGGAUGCAGGUAUUGGUUUUGGUAUAUUUGACAUGGAUUCACACUAUUCACAUACUCCCGAUGACUUCCCCGCUACAAAUCGGGCUGAGCCAUCAAAUGGCUACGGCCACCCUAAUGGGACGCCUUCCUCAAACAACAACACACCUCCUACGUCCCCUGUCGCUCCUUCAAUCUUGCGUUUACCAUAUGCGCUCAUCUCACCAGAUAUGUAUUCUCACAGUGAUGGGGUUGCUAGAAUACCUCUAUCGCGCCAUGAACUUACUCAACAGUACACACCCUUUACUCACUACCCUCCACCUUCGAAAUUUCCCCGCGGCAAGUUUAUAAGAAGUUACCGUUGGGGUGUCUUGGAUGUAUUGGAUCCUCUGCACAGCGAUUUCCUAUCCCUGAGGUCUGCCAUUUUCCAUCAUAUGGAGACCCUACAAAAAUAUACCCGGGAGUAUCUUUUUGACAAAUUUCGGACUGACUUUAUGCAAAAUCGCCCUUCCUCGCGUCAUUCAAUUUCACAUCUUUCUCACAUGGGUCCCAUUCCUCAUAGUUCUCGUCCCAUCCUCGCCAUUGACACAGCCCCCCACCCAAAUGUCCACCGGCCUGCAUCUAUGAGCGUUCCCCGCGACAUUCCGCCAGGUGAUCGUGAUCCUCGCACAAGUCCUGUAACACGACCCAUGCCGGAGAACAACACAACCAGCGCAUCGACUAAGGCUGGCGCCCUUCGAACAACUAAACAGCGCACCAAGAAGAUCACCGUUGCCUGCAACUUUUGUAGAUCGAGGAAGCUUAAAUGCGACGGUGGUCGACCUGCGUGCGGACAAUGCUUAAAGCGGAGUAAUCCGUGCGAUUACAUGCCCCAGAACAAACGCCGCGGAACUAUGAGGCAGCGUAACAAAGGCGAGGAAAGCGAGAGCGAGUCAGGCGACGAAAGAUCUGCUGAAGCAGAGGAGCCUUCUCUGUCACCAGAAAUCCCAUCGCAGACAUUAUCACACCGGGGCUCUAAUGUGGAUAAACACCAUUACGAGGAUGCAUUCCCGCCACAACUCCCUCCAAUGUCCACCAUCCAUGAGCGACGCGAAGACCAUCCUCUGGCUUCUUCUUCUAAACAUCAUCAAAUGGGUCGAGAACAGCGUACUUUUUUCCCAGACAACGAAUUGCCGCACAUUGCUACCCUUUCGCUGCCAGACCCUUCUCCAUCAACACCAGUCCCCAUGUCAGCCCCCUCUCUUCCUCCUCUUAGGCCAGCAUCCGAACAGCAAGCUGCUCAAAGAAAACGCGCGGCGACCGUUCCCGGAAAGAGCAAUCGAAAUUCAUCCAGUUCGGGUCCAAAAGUAGUGGCAUGUAAUUUUUGCCGAGCUCGUAAGACAAAAUGUGAUGGGGCCCAUCCCGCCUGCGCAAGUUGUGCUCGUAGGCAACUUCCAUGCAACUACGUUCAUGAUGCUGUUGUUUCUAACGGACCGUCACAAAAGAAAAAUCGGCGUUCUUCAACAGCCAAACCAUCGGCCGAUUCUUCUCGUUCUAUUUCUCCGCCCUCUUCUCGAAUGGUGCCUACUCCAUCAUCAACCAUGUAUGAUGGACAUGAUCACCGGGAGGUUGACACGCAUCUCGACGAUGAAGUUGACCUGAAACGGCCUUUGGAGCAUGUGGACAUGGGUCGUGCUUCGAAGAGAAUGAAGAUGGACAAUUCGCCAGCUGGUAUACCCUAG